AAGAACAUCAUUGUGCGGGGCGUGGUGUUUGUUGUGAAGUGGAAGAAGAGUUCUUCGUAAAUGCGUAAAAUUAAUUAGCCGCCGUUUCUGGUGCAGAAUUAGAAUUAGAUCUCUUCUACUUCUGCUGCUGCAGCGUUCUUUUUUACCAGAACAAAAUGCCGUCGUCGGAGGGACGCCCCCGGCUGCCGUGCAGGACGUGGCUGUUCGUCAACGCCGCCUCCGCCCUCACCGACGCCACGCGCCGCCGCGACGGCACCGUCAACCGCGCCCUCCUCGACUUCUUCGACCGCAGGACCCCUCCCAACCCCACCCCGCUCCACGGCGUCUCCACCUCCGACCACACCCUCGACCCUUCUCGACCCCUCUCGGUCCGCCUCUUCGCCCCCCACUCCCACCCUUCCUCCGAUACACACGCCCUCUGCCGCCGCCUCGCCCGCCGCAUCCCCGCCCGCGUCGUCUCCGUCGACUACCGCCGCGCCCCCGAGCACCCCUUCCCCGCCCCCUACGACGACGGCGCCGACGUCCUCCGCUGGAUCCGCUCCGGCGCCCUCCCCGACUCCGACCCCUCCGCCCCCCUCUUCCUCGCCGGCGACAGCGCCGGGGGCAACAUCGCCCACCACGUCGCCCGGCGCUCGUCUUCUUCUCCUUCCCCUUCUCCUCCGGAGGCGGAGGCGGAGGCGGUCGCGGGGUUGGUGGCGAUCCAGCCCUUCUUCGGCGGGGAGGAGGCGACGGGGUCGGAGGAGCGGCUGUGGGACAAGGUGGCCUUCGGGUCGCGGGAGCGGUUCGAGUGGAUGUGGAGGUCGUUCCUGCCCCCCGGAUCGAACCGCGACCACCCGGCCGCCAACGUCUUCGGACCGGGACCGGGACCGGGCUCGCGCUCCGGUUCGGAGGACUGGACCGGGUUCCCUUCCACCAUGGUGUGCGUCGGCGGGUGGGACCCGCUCCAGGACCGGCAGCGCAUGUACGCCGAGGGGCUCCGGAACGCCGGGGUCGAGACGCGCCUCGCCGAGUACCCGGACGCCAUCCACGGCUUCUUCGCCUUCCCGGAGCUGCCCGAAGCCCGGAGGUUCGUCGACGACGUGGCCGAUUUCGUGAAUCGGACGGUGGACCGGAUCAGGGCCGGGCCGGCCCGUCCGGAUGCGUGAACUGUUGUUAGUAUUAGCGGUCGUUUCGAGGCAGGCCCCAUCCCGUCAUCAUUUGUUGUCCGUCUCUCUUCGUUGCUUCUGGAAUUGUGUUUGUGUUUUCCCCGCUGACGAAAAGUCGCGGAACCAUCCUCCAACUAUUAGAUUAGUCCGUAGUUCAUCCUCCUCCCAGCAUAUUUCGACUGUAAUGUAUUAAUAAAUAAAUAAAUGUGCCUAAUGAAUGUAUGAGUUUUGUCUUGUCA